AUGGAGAAGAAGGUCCAUGAAGUCUUGGUGCGCCGCCACGUUGACGUCUCGCGCUUCGUAGUCGCCCUUGAAUUAUCUCAAAAUGAGAACAUCAAAGUCAGCUGGUUGCCUCCACCACCAGGUACACAAAAUGGAUUUAUUACAGGCUAUAAAAUCCGACAUAGAAAGACUACCCGCAGGGGCGAGAUUGAAACCCUGGAGCCCAACAACCUCUGGUACUUGUUCACAGGACUCGACAAAGGGAGCCAAUACAGUUUCCAGGUGGCUGCCAUGACCGUGAACGGGACCGGCCCCCCGUCGGACUGGUUCACGGCGGAGACCCCGGAGAACGAUCUCGAUGAAUCCCAGGUUCCUGACCAGCCAAGCUCUCUUCACGUGAGGCCGUUGACGACGAGCAUCGUCAUGAGCUGGACCCCGCCGCUCAACCCCAACAUCGUGGUCCGUGGCUACAUCAUCGGCUACGGCGUGGGCAGCCCCUACGCCGAGACCGUGCGCGUGGACAGCAAGCAGCGUUACUAUUCCAUUGAAAACCUGGAGCCGAGCUCGCACUACGUGAUCUCCCUGAAGGCCUUCAACAACGCGGGCGAGGGCGUCCCCCUGUACGAAAGUGCCACCACGCGCUCCAUGACGGACCCCAUUGAUCCAUUAGAAGUUGAUUUUUAUCCUUUGCUUGACGAUUUCCCUACCUCAGUCCCAGAUAUCUCCACCCCCAUGCUCCCACCAGUAGGUGUCCAGGCCGUUGCGCUUGCCCAUGACGCCGUGAGGGUCAUCUGGGCAGACAACUCUGUCCCAAAGAACCAAAAGACAACCGAGGUUCGCUUUUACACCGUCCGGUGGAGAACCAGCUAUUCCACGAGUGCUAAAUACAAGUCGGCGGACACGACAGCCCUGAGCCACACGGUGAUAGGCCUCAAGCCCAACACCAUGUACGAGUUCUCCGUCAUGGUCACCAAGGGCCGGCGCUCGAGCACGUGGAGCAUGACGGCCCACGCCACCACCUACGAAGCAGCUCCAACCUCUGCGCCCAAGGAUUUGACAGUCAUUACACGGGAAGGGAAGCCCCGAGCUGUCAUUGUCAGCUGGCAGCCACCCUUAGAAGCCAAUGGCAAAAUUACUGCUUACAUCCUCUUCUAUACUUUGGACAAGAAUGCUCCCAUCGAUGACUGGAUUAUGGAGUCCAUCAGCGGGGACCGACUCACCCACCAAAUCAUGGACCUCAGCCUCGACACCGUCUACUACUUCCGAAUCCAGGCUCGCAAUGCCAAAGGAGUGGGGCCUCUCUCCGAUCCCAUUUUCUUCCGGACGCUGAAAGUGGAGCAUCCUGACAAAAUGGCCAAUGACCAAGGGCGUCACGGAGAUGGCUCCUACUGGCCCGUGGACACCAACCUGCUCGACAGAAGCAGCCUGAACGAGCCUCCCAUCGGGCAGAUGCACCCUCCGCACGGCAGCGUGACGCCGCAGAAGAACGGCAACCUGCUGGUCAUCAUCGUGGUCACCGUCGGGGUCAUCACGGUGGUGGUGGUGGCCGUGGUCGCCGUCAUCUGCACGCGGCGCUCCUCGGCGCAGCAGAGGAAGAAACGCGCCACCCACAGCGCAGGCAAGAGGAAGGGCAGCCAGAAGGACCUGAGGCCUCCGGAUCUCUGGAUCCACCACGAGGAGAUGGAGAUGAAGAACAUGGAAAAGCCGGCGGGCUCCGAGCCCGCGGGGAGGGAGUCCCCCAUGCAGGGCUGCCAGGACAUGGCCCCCGUCACCCACAGCCAGUCCGAGACGCAGCUGGGUGCCAAGACAGCCCCGCAGCCAGCUCCUGAGGCAGAAGAGGUUGGAAGCAGCAUGUCCACACUGGAGCGCUCGCUGGCUGCCCGCAGGGCCACCCGUGCCAAGCUCAUGAUUCCCAUGGAUUCGCAGCCAAACAACCCCCCCGUGGUCAGUGCCAUUCCGGUGCCAACGCUAGAAAGCGCCCAGUAUCCCGGGAUCCUGCCGUCUCCCACCUGUGGAUACCCACAUCCCCAGUUCACCCUUCGGCCCGUGCCCUUCCCAACGCUCUCCGUCGACAGGACCUUUGGAACGGGAAGAAGUCACCGGAGCAUCCCCACGGCGUGCGUGCGCCCCACGCACCCGCUGCGCAGCUUCGCCAACCCCCUGCUACCUCCACCCAUGAGUGCAAUAGAGCCCAAAGUCCCCUACACGCCGCUGCUGUCCCAAACAGGGCCCAACCUGCCCAAGGCCCCGGUGAAGACGGCGUCGCUGGGCUUGGCCGGCAAGGCCCGGUCGCCGCUGCUGCCCGUGUCGGUGCCCACGGCCCCGGAGGUCUCCGAGGAGGGACACAAGGCCACGGAGGACCCCGCUAACGUUUAUGAACAGGAUGAUCUGAGCGAACAGAUGGCCAGUUUGGAGGGGCUAAUGAAGCAACUUAAUGCUAUCACAGGCUCAGCCUUCUAACAGCUAGUGAGGAACAGCUGAUUAUCCAGGAGCAUUGCAGCAUCCCAGUAUUUCAUGCAUACCCCACCUGUCCUCGACCCCA